UGGACUCCAAAAUUCGACAGUAUCGCCCACCAAUGUCUGGGAGAAUAAAGACUGGGAACAACUUCGGGAGGUUAUUACCAACCUAUAUAUCGACCAGGGCAAGAAGUUGAAGUAUACCAUUGUGGCCAUGCAGGACGAGUGCAAUCUCUACGCAACUGACAAGAUAUACAAGUACCACUUCAGACGAUGGGGUCUGAAGAAAAAUCUCAGGCGACGAGAAGUUGGUCAACUCUGCCACAAAAUUCACGCCCAGGCCAGCACCCACCAUGAGCGAUCACAGCGCCUGGCUUAUACUCACAACUUCAGUUGCACUGCCCCCAAUAACACAUGGCAAGCAAUUAAUCCACGAGGCACUCCUUUGGCAAAUGGUGGAAAUCACCCAUCUGACUCCAUGACAUGGAUCCCACGUCGUCUUGAAGGACCCGAUGAUCUGAUAAUGACGUAACCAUGACUGGCGGUGAAGAUAUCGCUUUGCAAAUUGCGGCGGGCAAACAUCUAGUGCCCUUGCCGUGGAGUGCUGCCCAAGGUACGCUUGGGUGGCUAUAAACAAGUUCAGCGAGACCUAAGCC